CUCACACACUUUUCUGCAAAAUUUUGUACGUCCAAAAUCUCCAAACCCUUUUUUAAGAACAAAUCUCAAUCCAUGGCAAUAAUCGAUCAAAAUUGAGAAUCGCUAAAGCUUCACAAUGUCGUCAUCAUCACCGACGACGAACACAACAACAGAAUCAGAUUCAUCAUCUCUACCUACUCACAUCGGCAGAUCAAAUUCCGACGGAAUCAUCGACACUACACCAUUUCUUCCUCCCAUCGUUACAAGAACCAUAAGCGUAGAUGAAGAAUCCAAUCCGAUUCAUCGAUCCGCUAGACGACAAGGCCUAAGAGAAGCAGCGAGGUUCCUCCGUCACGCUGGUAGCCGGAGAAUGGUGCGUGAACCAUCGAUGCUCGUUAGAGAAACUGCGGCGGAGCAAUUAGAAGAGAGACAAAGUGAUUGGGCGUAUUCUAAACCUGUGGUGUUUCUUGACAUUUUGUGGAAUCUAGCUUUUGUUGCGAUCGGUGUUGCUGUUCUGAUACUUAGCCGUGACGAGAAGCCUAAUAUGCCGUUGAGAGUUUGGGUUGUUGGUUAUGGGAUUCAGUGUUGGUUACAUAUGGCUUGUGUUUGUGUUGAGUAUAGGCGGAGGAGAAGGCGACGUCACCGAUCUUCAUCGGAGGAUGGUGGUGGUCCUGGGUUUACGAAUUCUUCGCAGCAGCAAUAUGUUUCGUUAGCGCAAUUGGAGGAUAGAGGAGAGACUAGUAAUCCCGCGAAGCAUCUAGAAUCAGCCAAUACGAUGUUCUCAUUCAUCUGGUGGAUAAUUGGAUUCUAUUGGGUAUCUGCAGGAGGCCAAACACUAUCUGGUGACUCUCCUCAGCUCUAUUGGCUGUGUAUCAUUUUUCUCGGUUUCGAUGUUUUCUUUGUUGUGUUCUGUGUUGCACUGGCUUGUGUUAUCGGCCUUGCUGUUUGCUGUUGUCUUCCAUGUAUAAUUGCAAUUCUAUAUGCUGUUGCCGACCAGGAGGGAGCAUCGAAGAACGACAUAGAUCAAAUGCCGAAAUUCAGAUUUACAAAAAUUGGCAAUGAUGAAAAGCUCUCAGGCAAAGCACGGGGAAUAAUGACAGAAUGUGGAACAGAUUCACCUAUUGAACGAUCACUUUCUCCAGAAGACGCGGUACACUCACAUUUCCACAUUCUUAUGCAGUUGUACAUUUUCAAAGUGUGUAGAUUGAUAAACUCAUGGCUUCUUAUGAUUCUGAAGGAAUGCUGCAUUUGUCUCUGUGAAUAUGAAGAUGGAGUUGAACUAAGAGAACUCCCUUGUAACCAUCACUUUCAUUGCGCUUGCAUCGAUAAAUGGCUUCACAUAAACUCGCGUUGCCCGCUCUGCAAGUUUAAUAUCUUGAAGAACGCAAACGAAGUCUAGUAAAAUCUUGUUCUGGUUCUAGGAUCAACCCAAACCCAUCCCAGACCAGGAAUUUUCAGAUAUAUGUAAACUCUGAUUCGUGAUGUAGUGUUGUGUAGUUAGGCAUGACCAAAAGCUAACCGUAACCGUAUUUCGGACCGUAACCGAACCGUUUUUCAACCGUAA